GCAGUCCUUAGCGCAGGAACCUUACGGAGCAUCAGAAGUACUCCUGCGGGACUCUUCAUUCUAGCAGAACACCUGUCACAGAGGCAUCUGACAAUGGUAUCGGCCGGAAUCCAGAUUUUGGGCACUUGUGUGGGACUGCUUGGCUGGGUUGGGGUCAUCAUAGCCUGUGCCAUCCCCAUGUGGAAAGUGUCAGCCUUCAUCGGCAACAACAUCGUGACGGCGCAGAUCAUCUGGGAGGGAAUCUGGAUGAACUGUGUGGUGCAGAGCACCGGGCAGGCUCAGUGCAAGGUGUACGACUCCAUGCUGGCGCUGGAGCGGGACCUGCAGGCGGCCCGCGCCCUCUGCGUGCUCGCCAUCCUGGUAGGAAUCAUCGGUAUGACGCUAGCCGUCGUUGGGGGCAAGUGCACCAACUGCAUGGACGACGAGGUGGCCAAGGCGCGGGUCUGCAUCACUGCAGGCGCCGUCUUCAUCAUCGCUGGGAUCCUUUGUCUGAUCCCCAUGUGCUGGACUGCCAGCGUCAUUAUCCAAGAUUUCUACAACCCCAUGGUGCCACAGACGAUGAAGAGGGAGAUGGGAACGUCCUUGUACAUCGGCUGGGCCUCGGCCGCCCUGCUCAUCGCCGGAGGGAUCCUGCUCUGCUACAGCUGUCCCCCCAAGGAGCCCUCGUACGCAGCCAAGUACUCCGUGGGCAGGCCGACCUCCACGGGCCAGAAGGUGUGAGAGGGAGAGCAGGGCAGUCGGGGCGCCGGGCCGCUCUGCGUCGACGAGGACCGCAAGAGGAAGAAACGGAGAUUGCCGGCAACAAUGUCCGCAAAUACAAAUUCCCAAAAAAAAGGUGUGACAAGGACUGAGACCGGGACGACGCUGUGGUUGGCUGUUAGUAAGAGAUAGUCUGUCAAUCUGUGUAUGUGUCUCUUUUCAGAGAAGGUGUGAGUUCUCAACUCUUUGUGGGUUCAGACAAGAAACUGAGUAACAAUCAUUUAAUCAAACAAAAAAAAAAACCUGUUUUAUAUCAUGGUAUUGUCUCUAUUUUUGUCUUGCUUGGUUUGUAUGUUAAUUUAUAUGCAGUUUUAUAUUUUUCUGACAAUGCUGUAAAUAAAUUGUUCACGGCGAUUUUA